CGCUUACAAGAAAAAGGUCCUUAUGUCCUCUCUUAGGUUCCUUUCUGGUUGGAGAAAGAAAAAAGAGAAAUGAAAAGUAGAGAGACUGGAGAAAAUUCAAUUUGAGUCAGCUGUAAACCACAACAAACCGAAAGCCAUUCUUUAGUCAUUGCCAGUCAUUGGCGUGUAGCUGGUAAUAAAGAUGGAGAAGAGUACAUUUGCGUCAUGCUCAAAUUAUUUCGACAGAUUGCGAGGCAAAACACGCAAUAUCGAUGAAGGCAUCGAGAGACUUUCUGAGACCUGGAAAACUCCGCAACUUCUCAUCGGUGGCUAUGCAGAACGUACGGCUGAGACUAAUGUCUACCUGGAGGGAUUGUGGGAGUCUAUACGAAAUACUGGUGUUGAGAUGGAAAAACUUCAAUCAAAAUUGGAACCAUCUUUGGAUAAGACAGAUCAGUUACUAAAAGAGUCACAAGAGAUGUACAAAGAUUUAAAAGAGCAGUGCGACAAUUUGGACAUUGUUCUAGCAGAAUAUGGCUAUCAUUAUGACGAGAGUAAUGAUGAACAAGAGAAUCAUUUACGAAACGAUAAUCAGAAUUCCAUGAAUGAUUGUGCUUUUGAUACUGAAGAGAUGCUUGAUAUGGAAGUUGAAUUUACGCCGAACUUGACAUGGAAAUGUAAGACUAAAUCUAGAGAAUCGGACUCUUCCAAUGCAAGCCAGAAGAAUACCAUCAAGGGUAUCGCAACGCCUGUAUUUAAAAGUCUAGAAUCAGUUUUACAUUCAGAGAUUCUGAAUGGAAAAGGAGUAUUUACAAAUAAUGCAUCAGUGCAAAAAUCAAAUUAUUCAAAACAAAUUACAAAAGUAUUGAGGAGAUAAUCUCGAUUCCAUACAUAUUUUCCGCUUUUCUAUUUUUUAGCAAUGUAAAAAAGAAAAGAUAUAUCUAUUAUUUGCCUUGUUAAAAGAUAUGCCUGUUUAGUACAUUACGACAGCGUAAAAAUGAUU